AUGCAACAGUCACAACUGGACCCUCUUCCUUCAGAUCUCCCUUUUCGCAUCAUCUCCAAGACCAUCGGACGGGGAGCAUACGCCUCAAUAAAAAAGGCGAUACCCGUAGAUGCGCCCUCGCCGGUAUUUGCCGUAAAGCUCAUUCACAAGGACUAUGCCGUAAGACAUGGCAGAAUAUCGGCAAAGCAGAUCGCCAUGGAGGUUUCACUACACUCACACAUUGGCCAGCAUCCAAAUGUGAUCGAGUGGUUCGCUACUGGCGAAGACAGGAUCUGGAGGUGGAUUGCCAUGGAUUUUAUGCAUUCGAAAGGCGUCGCUCAUCGCGACCUCAAACCCGAGAACAUCCUCCUCUCCGAGAGCGGCAUCCUCAAAAUCGCGGAUUUUGGUAUGGCCACUAUGUUCGAAUACAAGGGUGCACGAAAACAGAGUUCGACCAUGUGCGGGAGCCCGCCCUACAUCGCCCCGGAAGUUCUACAUUGCGCCAGGCAGAGGGAACGAAGGGCACCAUCGUCCGAGCAGACCAAGUACUCGGCCGAUCUCGUCGAUAUCUGGUCAUGCGGCGUCAUCCUCUUCGUCCUCCUGGUCGGCAACACCCCCUGGGACGAGCCAACUAAUGGUAACUGGGAGUUCAAAGAAUAUGUCCGCACCAGCGGCCGGAGCACCGACCCUCUCUGGCAACGGGUGCCCUCCGACGCGCUCUCGCUCCUCCGGGGCAUGAUAAACAUUGAAGCCAACAAGCGCUUCUCCUUCACCCAGAUCCGCCAACACCCCUGGUACACGCGACACAACCCGCUGCUGAACGCCGAAGGCAUGGUUAUUGACCCCAUCGCGCUCGCCGCCCAAAUGCUCGCCCGUCUGCGCAUCGACCUCCGCGCCGCCGUCUUCCAACCGCCACCUGCCUCCCAGCCCGAGCCCGCCAUCGAGAGCGACUGGUCUAGCAAGGUCCUCUCCGCAACGCAACCCGAGACCCCGAUAAACGACGCCCUCUUCGACUGGGAGCGCCCAGCCCCGCGCACGCUCGGCUCCUGCGCCAUCUCCUCCACCCAGCCGGUCGCGCGUAACGACGCCGCGGCCGUCAACCUGACCGCCACCGGGCCCCGCACGACCAUGACGACCAUGAUGACACCCACCAGCAUUCCCAGCAGCACACAAGGCAAGGGCAGAGUUCCCUACUCCUCCGCCCUCGAGGCCCUAGCGGAUGAGCCGGCCAUGAGCCAGUUCUCUGCCGCGCCCGGCGUCCCGCUCUCCCUGACGCAGCACGCCCGCCGCUUCCGCGACAUCGUGCCCUCGUACUCGCUCACGCGCUUCUUCUCGCACGUGCCGACGCAGCUACUGGUGCAGAUGUUACGGGAUGCGCUGCACCAGCUCAACGUACCGCUGCCGCCGACGUCGCCCAAUGUCUCGUUUGAGAAUGGGGAUGUGGAUCACAUUGUUACGCUGAAGAUCAAGACGGUGGAUGGAAGACGGCAGAGUUUGCAUGGAGAUAUCUUGGUUGAUAGGUAUCAUUUGGUGAAUGGGAAUGGGAUGUCGUUGACGCAGUAUGGUGAUGGUGGUGGUGGUGGGAUGGAUGUGGAUGAGGAGUUGCCGGAGUUGUUGGAGGUGAGGUUCGUGAAAAUCAAGGGCGACCCGUUGGAGUGGAGAAGGUUCUUCAAGAAGGUUGCUGUGCUCUGUCGGGAUGGGAUUUGGAGUAAUAAUGAUUGA